AGAAGGCUCCCUCGCACUUACGUUGUUCUAUUUCUUUUCCAUCACUUUCCCGAGAAAAUCAGCUAUGGCAGAUUGGACCCAGCUCCCCAAGGAACUCCUAGACCUUAUUUCCAAAAGUCUAGACAAAUCCUUCGACGUCAGUCGCUUCCGUUCCGUUUGCUCCACGUGGCGAUCCUCCGUUACUUCGCCCAAACGCCACCGUCUAGCUCCCCGUUUCCCGGUCCUCCCGGAUGACGGUGGCAUCUCGGACACCUCCUUCGGUUUUUGCCUCUCAAAACGUAUCGUAUUCCUCCUCGGAUCACCCGAAACCAAUAUCCAAGCAGACUCUUCAGCCUCCUGGGUAAUCAAAAUCGAAGAAGAUGUGCCAAACAACAGAAUUCAGCUUUUGAAUCCUCUCUCAAGGUCCCGUUUCGAUUCUCUCCCUUAUAAUUUCCCCAAACCUUUGAACUUGUUGGAUUUUAGAGUUUUUGAAUUGGGUGAAGAAUAUGUGCUUCAUUAUUUAAAUUACCAUAGUUAUCUAGGUGAUGUGGGAAACUUAUACAUGGAAAAAGUUGUGGUAUCUUGUUUAGAUAACAAUGUUAAUGAUUUUGUUUUACUUACUAUUCAUGUUUCUGGGAAAUUAGCUAUGUUUAAGUCUAGUGAGAAAAAAUGGACUAUCAUUGAAGACAUGCCUUCUCCUUAUGAUGAUGUGAUAUUGUAUAAAGGGAAUUUCUACGCAGUUGAUAAUACCGGUAGGACUGUGCAUGUGGGAAUGGAUUUUGAGACAAGUGUGGUUGGGAUGCCUGUGUUUGGUGGUGACAAGAAGUUUUUGGUUGAGUCAAAGGGUGAGUUAUUGUUGGUUGAUAUGUAUUUGAGUUUUGAAGCUGAGGAAGGUUCGUGUUCAUGGACGGGUUUAGGGUUUGUUGAGGAGUAUUUUGAGAACCUUGCUAUUUAUAUGAAUGAGAGGACAGUUAGGUUUAAGGUUUUUCAGUUGGAUGAAGUUGGUAAGGAAUGGGUUGAGGUUAAGAACUUGGAUGAUCGUGUGUUGUUUUUGGGUGAUGAUUUUACUUUUUCUGCAUCGGCGAAAGAUUUGUCAGUGUGUAGAGGGAACUGCAUAAUUUUUGCAGAUAAUUUCUUUUAUUCACUUGGGGCAGAAGAUGGGCAAUCGGAGCGUUGUGAUGUAGGUGUAUUUGAUUUGGAAAAUGGUUCAAUAGGACCAUUAGGGAAGUUUCCUCAAUUUUCCAAGCUGUUCUGGCCACCACCUCGUUGGAUUUCCUCAACAACAUUGGAUGCACAAAUAAACAUUGAAGAAUCCGCCUAGUACAUAUUGUACUUCUGCUUCACGGUUGGGUUGUAUUUGCCUGAUUAUCUUGCUAUGGGUGCUCUUUGUAUAUGCAUUUGAGAUUUGAAGUAUUUGGCUGUUCAUUUAGCACAUCCAGCCAAAAAUCUGUCUUUAUUUGGAUUGCUUACUUGUGGGGCAACAGAAGCUGCUAUCAUGACAAGAAACGCUUUUGAUCCGUAGGGAGUUCAAUCAUGACCAGAUCUGUUGGUGACUUGGCGGUAUCCCAGUUCCUUUGAAGGUUUAUCUUUUCCCUUCUAGCUUUGAGCACAGGGGCCUAAACUGAUUGUCAUUUUCUUCCAGGAUAACAUUGAGGCUGUAUCUGUUCCUCCUCAUCAUCUUUAAUUUAAUCCCUUAUCUUGUCACAUGCACAUGCAUUUGUACAGACUUAUCUUAAUUUGACAAUUGUAAGCAGCUGAUUAUGGAAAACAGUAUAACAGUCGACAAGACAACUAUGCAGUCUAACGUUAUUCUCUUGAAAGCUGUUAAGAGUAACCCCUUUUAAGGGUUUUCUGUUCUUUUUUUAA